AAUGCAGACUGUGCUUCUUCCCAGCUUUCAGUUUCUGUGAUUCAAACGUGCGCAGACAAACUUGAGUCCUUUGUUUGUGGGGUUCUGACAUCUUGUAUUUUGGAUGGAGAUGCUGAUGGGAGUGAGCUCAGAGAAUUUUACCAUUAUAUCAUUUUUAAAUUUUUUGGGUGUGCUCCUCAGAUGCUUCUUGCUGUCAUUCCAAAUUUGACUCAAGAGUUAUUGACUGAUCAGGUUGAUGUGCAACUAAAAGCUGUUAAUUUGAUUGGAAAACUUUUCACACUGCCUGAUCACCAUAGUGCACAAAGGUAUCAUGACCAAUCCCUCUGGGGCAGAAUCACAAGAAGUUCUCCCUGCCCUUGAAAGUCGACUUCUAGAUUUUGAUGAUAGAGUGAGAACACAAGCAGUAGUUGUUGCCUGUGAUCUUGCCAUGUCUAAUAUGAUAUGCUUUCCUCCCAAAAUAAUAUCUCAGACCACUGAAAGACUUCUGGACAAGAAGAUACCUAUUAGAAAGAAAGCUCUGCAGAAGUUGAUGGAAGCAUAUCGAGAUUAUUGUAACAAAUGCUUUGAAGGCAACAUGACGAUAAGUGACCACUUUGAACAGAUUCCAUGUUAAAUAUUGAUGCUAUGCUUUGAUAAAGAUUGUAUGGAUUUCAGGUCCCAAAAUAUGGAGCUUGUUCUUGCAGAAGAUCUAUUUCCAGCUGUUCUUUCAGUUGAGGAAAUUACAAGGCACUGGAUCCACUUGUUCUCUCUUUUCACCCUGCUUCAUACGAAGGCUUUGAACUCUAUUUUAUUUCAGAAACAAAGGUUGCAAAAUGAGAUGCAAACUUAUUUGGCCAAUCGAAAGAACGAGAAGUGAAAUCCACCACUUUGUGGAGAUGGCUUGUCUGGAGGGGACUCGCGUUCAGUCAAAAUAUGCUGUUUCAGCAAUUGCUGCUUUAAUUGAUAAUUCGAAGCAAUUCAUUUUCCAAGAUCUAUGUAAGACAUAUGGCCUGAAAACACUUGUCAAGAGCUUCUUGCCACACCGGGGAACUCACACCAAACAGCAAAUUAAUGAGCUCAAGGACAACUAAACGGCAAAUUAAUGAGCUCUGUGGCAUUUUGUCCACAAUGCUGCAAAAGGGAGAAACUGCAGAGGGUAUCACCUCAGGACUUCUGCUAAAUAUGGGAAGAGGGAUGCUUUGGAAACUUUGACGUUCAGAAAGGAGAUUCUCAACUGUUUGUUUAGGCUUUUAUUUGAAAGUGAUAAGGCUUGUAUUAGAUUAGCUGCUGCAAAGUCUGUUCUCCGGCUUGCUCAAAGAUGGGAUUUCCAUAUUUCUCCAGAGAUUUUUCACUUUAUAAUUUUAAGGGCAAAGGAUGACUCAUCAUUGGUGAGAAGAUCACUUCUUGAUAAAACACACAAAUUACUGAAGGAGCAUGCCAUACCUAGCAGAUAUGCAAGUGCUUUCGCAAUGGCCACCUCAGAUUGCCUCAAGGAUCUGCAGGAUGAUUCGUCAAAAUAUAUUGCAGAAUUUGUCAAGGAUUACAGUAGAGAAGCUCAAGUGCGUCAAAUCUCUGGAGUCCAAGAAGGAUUAAACACUGAUUUUCCAGCAUACAUAGUGGUGGCCAAUUGUCUUGAUCGUGGGAUAUUAUUGAGAAACAGGAAUCCAUGUUAUCAAAAGAUUUCCUGCGAUUAUUUCUAGUAUGGAAUGAGUCAAUCAUCCACUCUGGUAUCUUAUUGAACAAAAAUGGUGAUAUUGUUCCUCCAUUGAUCAAGAAUUUUGAUUUUUGGGAAGUAUCAUGAUCAUCCAAUAAGAAGUGUUUCAAUUUUUUUCAAAUGAAAGAUUUGAAGACCUAUUGAUUCUAACAACUGAUUGCAAGACCUUUCAAUUCAUAGAUGUGGAUCUCGGACCUAUGAAUGGGGAUGUUCCCAAAACUCACAAAAAAAAAAGGAAGUGAGUUAGACAAAAAGAGAAGAAACGUGGACAAAAAAAGAAGUAACUUGGACAAAAAGAUUUAUCCAUAUUCUUGCUCAUGAUACAGGCUUCCCACCUGACGACUGUCAAGAUGAAAAUGCAUAUGCUCAGUUUUGCAGUCCACUGUUAGUUUUAUUGCAGGCUUUCGUCAAUGCCAGUAAUGCUGCUGGUACUCUGGAUAUUACCAAGGAUUCUGUCUUGUAUUUGAUUUUCAUUUUCCAUGCAAUUAAGAGGGCUGAGGAUGCUAUAGACGUUGAACUAACUGGUAAGCUGCAUAUUCUGGCAGAAAUUGGGAACUCUUUUGUGACGUUAACAAAUCAUAAUGGCAUCUCCGCAUCACAUGCUCCUGGGAAAGUUUUUCUACCAUCAUCCUUAUAUAAAUCCAAUUCAAGAUGCCUCAAUCAAUCAUGUUUUGCCUGCCAGUGCUCUUCCUAGACGUGGGCGUAAGUGUCAAGAGGAUAGCACACAAUCCAGUGUUUUCAAGGACAACAAACUUAUCUUAACAUCUUCCAAGAUAGUUAAUUUGUCCAGUGAUGGGGGAGCUGAACCCCGGAAGGCUGAGAAACAAGGCACCAGUACAGGAGGACGUAGGAGAAAACGAGAUCUCUCUCCAAGUGAUUCUGUUAAUGAUUACCAGAAUGGUGUAUCCAAAAAAUCUGGGAUUACUUUGGAAAAAGAAAUACUUUCAUCUUGUGAUUCUGUAGCUACAAUCUGUGGAUCAAAUGUCUCAGUCCAGAAUUUGAAAAAAAAUAACAUUCGAUUGAUGGAAAAUGUUAAUGUGAAAAGAAACAUUAACGUGGAACAUUCCAAUCACCCCAGAACGAAGCUAAGGGGCCCUUGCAGCUGGAAAGAAAUUAGUGAGAAGGAUGAGGCAUUGAUUGGGCAAAGGAUCAAAUUUUUGUCUCCAGUAGAUAAAUGUUUUUAUCCAGGUACAGUGGAUGGUUAUAACACUCAAAACAAUACGUACAAGCAGAAACGAAAGGUGGGGAAAAAAGCCUCUGUGGACACAUCGGCAUCAGAAGUUACCAAUGCAAAUGAGGAUGCUGUAAGGCUUGCAUUGUAUUUUCGUUGUUAUCAUUACAUUUUGCUCUUAUACAUUGACAUAUCAAGUCGAAUAAUUUCUUUGCAGUACCGUUGUUUCUUUGCAGCCCAAGAAAAUUUCAUUCCUUGUAUGUUUGUGUUUAUUGACAUAUAUCCCUGGUUAUGUGUUUCGCUAUUUUUGUUUGAUUACUUUGUUCAGGUGGCUAGAAGAACUUGAAGACAAAAGAAACUAAUUUAGCUAUGAUUAUAUUUUAUUAUGAGCUAUAUACUGCAUCCUGCACUUGAGUGCUUGAAAACAGCAACAUCCCUAACUUAAAAAUCAGUCUAGUUGAGAGGUCGGGGGCAGAUCAUGCCAAGGAAUCUCUGGUGCUUUCAGUCCGGCAGAAAGUUCCCGCAGGUCAUCCCAGAGUUUGCACCCCUUGCCGUUGUAAGUAAUCACUCUAGAUGUCAGUGUUGUAUAUAUUCUUCCUUAACAAGCAAGCAACAUCGGAACAGUUUGAAUGCGUAAAUACACAUCUACGAGUCAUCUUGCUAAUGAAACGCUGUAGUAGUUAGAAACGGGUAUGUGUUCUUCUAAUGCUAGUUGAGAGGCAAGAACAGAUUCUCACACAUAUUUGUACUUUUCAGAAGUAGAAUGAUAAUUUAAGACAA